AGUCGCAUGUCUCUGCGAGCUACAGCGGCCCUAAGGGAACAGAUAGAUCCCUCAGUCGAUCUAGCAAAGUAUGAGUCACCUGCGAUCUAGCCGACUGACGCGGUCGUGCACGCAGUGCUGCUCGACAUGCGGCACUCGGCCCUUGCUGAGCAGAGAGACGGUGCCCAGAUUCAACAUCGAAGAUGUGCGGAACCGCUCGGCGCGGUGGAACGAUCGUCACAAUCACAGGCGAACAGCAGCGAAACAGACGUCGACUCGUCAUUUUACGACAUCCGCCUCGUCCUUCUCGGCAUUCUCCUCGUUCUUCGAACGCAACAAACCAGCAACAUUGGAUAGCAACAAGACCGUCACCCCAGUCCUUACGGCUACUGCUGUACCUACCACAGCCUCGAGUUCAGCCUCGGGCUCAUCUGCCACGAACACCAUCCUCUUGAACGAUUUCGAGCGUGCCCUGUCUACCAACAACCUUCCUCUCCUCCGAACAACGUACAAAAGACUCCUCCUCCUGCCCGCGACGAAUACGAAUUCAUCGUCCGACACACCUCCGGAUCUGGUAGUACCUAUUCCGCUACUCGAAAAAGGCCUCCACCUCCUCUCCACCUCCAACAACCAGAAGGAUCUACAAGAGGCCCUCCGUUUGACGUUUACCAACCCUCAUGUCACUCCUCGUCAGCUUGGACUCGUAGGAACGCUUGCCUGGGUUAAAAGCGCGUAUCAUCUGCACCAACAUAUCAACUUCAAGAGGACGUUCUUCACUUUGAAAGACAAGAAGGAAAUCUACCCGGACUUGUUGACCCUGCCAGGGGAGGUGGUAUCACUCGUACUCCGGGGAUUGUUACGAGGAGGAAAGACACGGUAUUCGGAUAAAGAGAGGGAAUGGGUCGUGCGCACCGUCUUGGAGACGCUGGCCAAGUAUGAAGGAUCGGGACCGGAAGAACGGCUGGCGGUUUUCAGGGGUGUGAUAGGAGAUUUUCCCCGAGCAGGGGAUAAUAAAAGGUUUUACGACGUGGCGCAAGGUGCCGGGCUGGAUACAGAUGAAGAGCUCAUAGUGGGAGUUUUGAAUUCCGUUCAUCUUGGCGCUUCGGUCGGCGAGCAGGAUGGGAUGUACGACGAAUUACGGCGGAAUUUGGAAACCAGAAAGAAGGAGGGUACACUAGGUGUGAAAGGAUGGAAUUGGCAUAUUCGGGAACGGAUACGAGUGGGCCAGGUUGAGGGUCCUUCCGGGAAUGCGGCCAUCGAGGAGACUGUCAAAGAUAUGAGGCAAGCGGGGAUCUCUCCGAAUCAGGAAACCUUUGAGCUGCUUCUCUUCUCCAAGCUCGACCAUGACGCAGAGACUUCGACUACCUCGAUUCAAAGCUUGCCGGACGGGUAUAUCGACAAGGUCUGGGAGACGACGGCGCUCCUAGGCUUGGAUCCGGAGGAUCAAACUUGGGAACGAGCGUUUGAAAAGGUGGUACGAACGGUAGAUCGCGCGGAGGAGCUGGGAGAGGAAGAACGGAGGGAACUUGUCUAUACGGCGUACGAAAACGCUGUCAGGGCAGGUGCGAGGGUGUCGAUUCCCUUGGCGAGACAGGUCGUAGACCGAUUGGAGGAUUCAAGCAGAGCGAGGACGCCGGACUAUACGCGGAUCAACAAUGUUCGGUCGGAUCUAGGAGCGGCGAUGGACGAGUCGGACGAGAUCUUGCGGGGUGGGCAGAUGACGAUAGUCGAUCGGGAUGAAGCAUUGCAGUCGAUCUAUGCGGUCUGUCUGGAAGGUGCGGUCGUUGGGAACAACGCUGUACCGGAUGCUAUCUCCUUGCUGGACGAGAUGCGUCGGCGGCACGUCGUUCUUGGUCAAACGACCGCUAUGAGAUUGACAUUCGACCUAAUGGAUCGGGCUCAAACGCACCACGAUGCCUUUCGAGCGUAUUCCUACGUUCGCGCUCUGGACCCGAUGAUGAUGGACGAACAAGAUUAUCUCGAUAUCAUCCUCCAUUUCAUCCGGCUCGUCUUGCCCAAAAGUCCGUCGCCACUGCCUAAGCUCACUUUCGAGUUUCUGCGAGACAUGCGGGACGCUGCGAUCCCUCCUCAGGCCCGGGUAUACACGAUGAUGGUCAACGAGUAUACGCGGUACCUGCGUCGAAGGAGAAAGGAGCGAGCGAGCGGGUCGGGCGAGUCGACGGGAUUGGACGAGAAGAUCGCGGGGAAUACGAUCCAGACGAUUCAAAAGAUCCAUUCGAUCGUCAAGUUGGACAGUUUCCUCGACGUCGACCUGCCCCUCUUGAUCGCGCUCAUGGACGCUUACAAUCAGCUCCAGCUCUGGCCAGAGACGUUCGAACUCUGGAACGAGAUUGUCGCUCGACACCGGAUGGAGAGGGAAUCUUCGGCCGACGGGAGGCAGACGAGCUUGCAACGCGUAGCUUAUCGUCCGGCGCUCAGCGUUAUUCUCGAUGCUUGUGGGUAUUCGGGGAACCUAUCUCGGGCGAGAAAGAUCUGGGAGUGGGCCCAUGGGCGGGACAUGAUCCGGUGCAGCUAUGGCAACUGGAAAUCAUGGAUCGAGUGUCUGUGUCGAUGCGGCAGACUGACCGAAGCGUGCGACGUCGUCAGGGGUCCCUUCAAGAGAAGCUGGUCGGACGGCAUGUUGGGCCCGGACGAGAGGACGACCUUGCUUUCCCGUGUAGAUCAGGACGAGUUACCAGUGCUCGAGAUGCUCGUCAAGUUUAGCUGGAGGAGCAAGUCGGAGUGGAUCGAGGUGAGGAGGAUGAUCGAGAGCGAGUUUCCCGAGCAGUGGGAGGUGCUCAAGCGCAAGGGCAAAGUCAAGGGGAGAGAGCUCGCGUCGCAGCAGAGCGGGGCGUAGAGUGUGAUGUCCUUGUUAUGAAUGUAGAUGUCCGUCCCGCUAGAUGCAACAUCACAUCAAACACCGGGUCUUCUAUUGUUAUCCAUGCUCGUCCUCGAUAGUACGAGAGUAGUGCUACAGUACUACAGUAGCAAAUUGAACCCAUAUCUCGACAAGACUCGGCACGUCCAUCGGCAUCAG